CCAAACGGCGUCGUAUCGAAUAGCAGAUUGUUCUUUACUGUUCAAAGACGACGCGCACUAUCAUUACGAAAAACUUAGUGAAGUGAAAUCUCGAAGAUUUUCCGCAGAAUCUGGAUUGCUUUCACUGGAUGAUCUUUUGCAGUUCUUCGCCCAAUUUCCUCUGCGUUUUUGCUGUUGAAAUUUUGAAUCAAUUUUGGAAUUCGUUUCGAUACGUGCCGAAGCGAGCGUAGGUGCCAUCCGCGCAAAUGGCGAUUGCAGCUGCAGUUGUUAUUGUACCGUUAGGCCUUCUCUUCUUCACGUCUGGUCUUGUGGUUAAUUUAAUCCAGGCUCUGUGCUUUGUGCUAGUAAGGCCUCUGUCGAAAAGCACAUAUAGAAGGAUAAACAGGGAGGUGGCCGAACUUUUAUGGCUUGAGCUAGUGUGGCUAGUUGAUUGGUGGGCUGGUGUCAAGAUUGAACUGUACACUGACUCUGAAACUUUUAAAUUGAUGGGUAAAGAGCACGCGCUUGUUAUAUGUAAUCACAGAAGCGACAUUGACUGGCUUGUAGGUUGGGUUUUGGCUCAGCGAUCAGGUUGCCUUGGUAGCACAUUAGCUGUUAUGAAGAAAUCAUCAAAGCUCCUUCCUGUUAUAGGAUGGUCCAUGUGGUUCUCCGAAUAUCUCUUUCUUGAAAGGAACUGGGCGAAGGAUGAAAGCACUUUGAAAUCAGGACUUCAGCGGCUGAGAGAUUUUCCUUUGCCUUUUUGGCUGGCACUUUUUGUCGAGGGUACUCGUUUCACUCAAGCAAAACUCUUAGCAGCUCAAGAAUAUGCUUCCUCCACUGGGCUACCCAUACCAAGAAAUGUUUUAAUUCCUCGAACUAAGGGAUUUGUUUCAGCUGUAGCUCAUAUGCGCUCUUUUGUGCCAGCUAUUUAUGAUGUAACUGUUGCUAUUCCUAAAUCGUCUCCUCAACCCACCAUGCUAAGACUCUUCAAAGGGCAGUCUUCUGUGGUUCACGUCCACCUCAAACGGCACUUGAUGGAGGAACUGCCGGAAUCUGAUGAUGCCGUUGCUCAAUGGUGUAAAGAUGUCUUUGUUGCCAAGGAUAAGUUACUCGACAAACACGUUGCCGAGGGCUCCUUUGGCGAACAACUUCAAGACAUGGGGUGCCCCGUGAAAUCCCUUCUGGUUGUUAGUUCUUGGGGAAUUUUGAUGAUCCUCGGAUCUUUGAAAGUUUUCCAGUGGUUCUCGAUGUUCUCUUCGUGGAAAGGCAUUCUGUUUUUAUCCCUCGCGCUGGCAGCCGUCACCAUUCUUAUGCAAAUCUUGAUUCAGUUCUCCCAGUCAGAACGUUCGACUCCUGCCAAGGCUUCCCAGAAGAAACCAAAGAUCGAUGGAGAAAGCUCGGAAAAUAAAGUGCACUAGGUGUGUGAGACACACCUACACCUGCCUACCUCUAUUCCCAGGGCACAUGAUAUGUAUUCUUCUGCUAGUGUUCGAUUUUCUAACUCCAUUUGUGGCUCUUGUAAUUUUAUGACACACACUGCCCUCCCUUUGUACGGACAGGACGGAAGAAGGUAAACAAACUCGUCAAUUCAUUAAUUCUGUCA